AUGUCUGGUCGGAGGGUGCUGGAUGCUAUCCAGUUCCUCAAUGUCUCCAAAUCCAUUGCCCUCAAGCAUUUGGCCAUUCGCCAACACCAGCUCGAUGUCUACACACGCACCUCGUCCUUGACCAAGGGCAUUAAGGAUCAGACCGAGGGCCUGAUCCUGACCGCACAAGCCGCUGCCGCGUUGGCGCGUCGUUUAAACGACGAGCCCUCGCCACCUCCGCCGACCUCGAGCGCGCCCUCCCGGUCGCCGACGACGCUGGUCGCCGAGCCAUCGGCCGAUAAACCCACUAGCUCUCAGACAACGGCGACUGCAACCUCCCCCGCCCCAGAGACGGCUCGGAUACUGCAGCGCCAGGCGGAGUUUCAGGUGCCGGGAUCGACGGCACAAUCCAAGGGCGAUGAGAAGCCGGAUAACUUGAAUAUUAGCCCGCAGCAGGAGGUCUACUAUCAACCUUCGCAGGAGGCCGCGCCGGACUUUUCCGCUUUGCCUAGGGUGAAGCUACCCAAAGCUGUUGGAGAUACCCAAGUGAUUGGGCAGGAUGGCUUGAAUGCCGAUGUCUUCAACUCGGCGACGGCGCCCGAAAGACCAAAUGCCCCCGCCGAACAACAGGAAUUGUCAGAGGAGAUGAUGCAGAGUCUCUUCCACAGUCCGAGAGUAUCGCGCAUGCUCUCGGGCAAGCCCGCCCCGGCGCCUGCGGCCCAGAGACAGUGGCCGCCGGCAGACAGAGAUCGGUUUGUGCAACAGGAGCUCGCCGAAGCGACACCAGCACCUGACGCUGACGCAAAGACUGCGGCCAAGUCAGAAGUCAAGGAAAUAGAGAAGUUGGUGGCCAGUGUUGCAGAGGAUGUAACGUCACCUGCCGCUGAGUUUGUGAUGGGUGAGAAGCCUGCACCGUACCAGAUGAUGGAAUCCCGGGUACCAUCUUCUCGAUUGGGGAGGUUGUGGCAGUAUGGUGGGUUGGCAACCUCGAUGGCAUUCGGUGCCGUCACCGAGACCGUGCGACGGGCUACCGGCAGUCAAGACAGUGGCUCGAUCAUGUUCAGCGCGGGCAAUAUGGAACGUAUGGUAGCCAAGUUGUCGAAAAUGCGCGGCGCUGCUCUUAAGCUCGGCCAGAUGUUGAGUAUCCAAGAUUCCAACAUGCUGCCCCCACAAAUCCAACUAGUUCUCCAGCGUGUCCAAGACCGCGCGGACUACAUGCCCGCCUCGCAGCGUGAUAAGGUUCUGGCCGAUAACCUCGGACCUAACUGGCGGGACCUCUUCACCUCCUUCGAUGAGGUCCCCAUGGCCGCCGCCUCUAUCGGCCAAGUCCACGCCGCCGUCCUCAAAAGCACCGGCAGACCCGUCGCCGUCAAGGUCCAGUACCCAGGCGUCGCCGACUCGAUCGACUCCGACCUGAACAACCUCUCCAUUCUUCUCACAGCCUCCCGCCUUCUCCCCCGCGGCCUCUACCUCGACAAGACGAUCGCCAACGCCCGCACCGAACUCGCCUGGGAAUGCGACUACCUCCGCGAGGCCGAGUGCGGCGCUCGCUUCCGCAAACUCCUCAAAGACGACCCCGUCUUUGUCGUCCCCGAAGUCAUGCCCGAAGCCUCCGGCAAGCAAGUUCUCACCAUGGAAAUGCUUGAAGGCGUAGCCGUAACCAAAAUCCAAGACUUCACCCAAGAACAGCGUGACUGGAUCGGCACACAGAUCAUGCGUCUGUGUCUCCGCGAGAUCGUCGAGUUCCGCUAUAUGCAAACAGACCCGAACUGGACUAACUUCCUCUACAACGCACGCACAAACCGGCUCGAGCUCCUCGAUUUCGGCGCCUCCCGCGAGUACCCGGAAGAGUUUAUCAAUAAGUACGUGCGCACGCUGGUCGCUGCAUCUCGCAACGACCGCACCGCCUGCCACGACCUCUCCGUUCAACUGGGCUACCUCACCGGCAUGGAAUCACAAGCCAUGGCCGACGCACACGUCUCAUCCAUCGUCACCAUCGCAGAACCCUUCAUGCUCUCUUCGCCAGACGUGUACGACUUCCGGGAUCAGACUAUCACGGACCGCGUGCGAGCGUUGAUCCCGCUGAUGAUUCGGGAGCGAUUGGCACCGCCACCCGAGGAGACGUACUCGCUGCAUCGUAAGUUGAGUGGUGCGUUCUUGCUGUGUGCGAGGUUGGGUAGUCGGGUUCCUUGUAAGGAGCUUUUUGCGGAGGCUGUUCGUAAGGCUGAGGCGAAAGGGUUGGAUUUGGAGGGGCAGAAGUAG